AUGCCGACUACAUGUGGAUUUCCAAACUGUCGCUUUCGUUCACGAUACCGCGGCGCUGAAGAUAAUCGACACUUCUAUCGCGUGCCAAAGAAGCCCGCCGUAUUGCGCAAGCGAUGGUUGGAUGCCAUCGGAAGAACAGAGGAGACUAUUGUCAGCCAGCUUCGAGUUUGUAGUGGUCACUUUCACGGAGGCGAAAAACAUGAGGGUGACAUUCCUGUGGCAGACCCUUCGGUAGACCCCCUAGUACGAAUUGAACUUCCACCAAAACCAGCCCGAAUUCUAAGCACGUCCGCAGGGCCACGAAGUGGAUUUACUUUGCGAGGAGGAAGGAGCCGUGGCUGUGGUUCAACUCUCAAGACCAAACCAAAUAUAUUGAGGUCAGGGAUGAUGAGCUUUUUCAAUCGAAAUGGAACCUACAAUGCCUUAAACACCAACACCACAAAGUUUGCUAACUCACACCCUUCAAAUUGCCAAUAUGGAUCAUCCACUACUGAGCACCGCCCCUACAACAAAUGGCUACUGAACCCGUUUGCAUUACCGUUCGAGGAACAGGCUUCUCUCUCCGAUGUCCCAAAGUCUCAACAUGACAUCGGGGAUAACCCGGUGGCUCCUGGCAAUUUCAUAUCAACGGCUCAAGGUAAUGAAAAGAGGUCCUUCAUAAAAAGUCAGUCGAUAACGCCUGGUUUUAAUGCAUAUAACUAUGAUAACCUCAUAUCCCCAGAACGACCUGCGCAGGGCAUGCGUCCACAUUUCCCAUUCACUCCCCUUCUACCAUUAUCUCAUGGAUUAGCCAACAUUUCGGCAAGACCCCACAUGGCUGGAAUAUCUUUCAAAUCUUCAGUGAAGUCUUCAUCUUUCGAAGGUUUAUCUCCCGUAACCGACUCUUCCCACAAAGCUUACCUCACUCAACAUCCAGCUGGCGGUUCGCAACCCGCAACAAGCCUAGCCGCCCUCAAGUUUUCCCAGUGGAUAACAAGUUUACAAGGAAUGUUUGGAUCCAAGAACACUGAUGGGCAUUUUAACAUGCAGCUGUUUACUAAUAUGUUUCUGAAGAUGCUGGAGAAACAUGCACCCAUAACCGGACCGUGUGAAGCGAUGCAGUCGGAAGCUUAUCCAUUCAAUUUCCAGGAGACACCAAAAGUAUGCGAGAUUAGUAGUAAUGAAGCAGCAGCAGCAGCAAAUAUUGGUGGAAGGCAGUCAAACGGUAAAUUGAUGUCACCCACGUCUGAGCACAGUAAGUUUGGUCAAUCGAAAAUGCAUCAGAACAGCUUUGGCGGAUGGCCUUCACUGGGAGGUAGUAGUUUUCCGGCUAUGCAAGUUCACCCAAUAAAUUUAACUAAUCCAAUCCACCAGAUUCGACAGAGCAUCCAUGACGACAUCUUCAUUGAGAACACACUUGUUUGUGAUCAGUAUGACAAAACCGCAAAAGCAAGGGCCGAAGCAAACAGUUCAGACAAUCAAGUAGCGUCGGAUAUCGUUCGGCGUCCAAUCAAACCGCCCUGCACAGGACCAGGAUCGAAAAUUGAUCAGGAAGAAUCGUCCUUGGUUCUCAGUGAGUCUAGCAAUUCUGCUGCGUCACAACAGAAUGGUGGUGCACAAAAGCCCAUUGUUGUAUUUCGUGGAAUUUCAGACGGCUCCAAUGAACUCACCGUUCUUGAAGACAUUGCUGAAGUCAUAAUUAUGUCGACACAUGUGGAAUCGGAGCGACUGGAAAGGUGUCGCGCGGACACCCCCAGUAUAGCUCAGUGGGCUGCCGAGGUACAAAAAGCGUCACGCUACGGAGUUAAAUUCAAUACGAUUCCGCGUGAGCUCUUCAAUGUAGAAUUGCUUUGUGAGUUUAUCGUGAGCCUGCUCCUGGUGACAACCAAUCGCGUCGUGCAGUUCGGGAGGCCACGUCAUGUCUCGCUGAAACGGCCAUUUUCCGUUCCUUUGGAGUUUGGGGAAUCUCGAUGGCGCUCGAGCAACACACCUCAUAAUCGAAGGGAUCUUCUCAAGAGGAACAUGGUCAUACCGAACUCGGGAAUAGUGGACGACAACAACUGGGAUGAGCUGCCUCUGGUAAUGCUUCCCUCAAAAAGAUGUUAUGGACAAUCGGUACGGGAGAUGAAAAUUGGUAUCAUAGCCCAAGAUACGCUUAUCAAGAAUCUGGUGAUCAGCUUGUGCGCAUUUGAUUGUACAAUAUUUGUCCAUCAAUCCAACUGGACAGAAGACAUCGGUCAACUAGACCACACAAGACGCUUUGUAAACAUGGAAGAAAUGGUAGCGGAAGUUGACUGGCUAGUUGUAUUGGCCGGACACAAAUGUGUUACAGACGAAGUGGGUACUUUCGUGAAUGACAACUCUGGCGCAAUUCAACUAAUUACGGACAGUCUUCUGCUGAAAGUGAAGCAAGGUGCAUCUCUGCUGUGUCUGUCUGGCAAUCAGACGUUUCCAUUCGGAAUGCACGCCUUGAGGAAUGCAUUACUCAGCGGACAACUUAAAACGGUGUUACUUGGUGUGGGCGGUGGAGAAAAAGGCAGCCUUGCUAUGGGACAUAUAAAGAGCGAGUUUACAAAGAAUUCCGCAAGUAAUUUGAAAAAUACCAGUUUAGCUAUGGCUGUGGAUGUUUUUUCAUUGAGUCCUCCAUCUUAG